CAAUAAGCCAUUUAUAGUGACAGAAGAAUUUAGAAAUGAAUAAAGACUGUGAUGUAUUUCAACCUUUGAACACAAAACUUUUAGCAAAAAGAGAGGAAACAGAGAGAUUGAUUCGGAAUGAAUAUUUGAAACUUAAAACUUUAUUGCUAGAUAAGCAAAAGUAUCAUACAAAGUUGACCUCUACUGUUCAAAGCUUACAGGAAGAAUCAAAUGAGUUACUUAACAAAACAUCCUUGCUGGGUGGAAAAAUAUCAACAAUAAAGUUAAACAUAACAAAAGUUCAAGAUUCAGUACAAGACAUAAUGUUCAAAAUAGAUGGACUUAUGUUGAAAAAAAUGUUCGCUAAUAUGGUCCAAGAAAAAGAAGUAAAAACUCUUCAGUUAUUUUAUAAAAAAAUGGAUGAACAGAAACAGUUACUCAAGGAAUUCUGGGAAAAGGGAUUAGAAGAUUCAGAAAUAUUAGAGAUGGAAAAUAAAAAAAACAAGCUGGUUGAGAAACAAGAAGUACUACAAGAUCAAAUCAACUGGUUUAAUGAAAGAUGUUCAGAAUCAAAGAUAACGAAACUUACUGAAGAAUGCAUGAUUUUGAGGAAAAGAAAUGCAGCCAUGUUAAGAAGAAAAACAAAGAUUUUGGAGCAGUUGGAGAAAAAAGUAUUGGAAAAGAAAGAAGAAAUAGCCAGAGCAAGAAGAAAUAUGAUAUUUAAAUCUUCAUGAAUUGACUAAAAUUGGCAUAUGAAGAGGAAACUUAUUAAAU